CCGAGAGCCGCGCGGGCCCGUGAUUGGCUGGUGAGCCGGCCGCACGCGGAGGAGCCCCUGGAGCAGCUCCGUUGCGACAGAGGCCGAGCGGCAAGGCCCAGCUCCCUGGAAGAGCAGUACCGACCCCUGUGGUUCACCAUGCCCUCCGACCUGGCCAAAAAGAAGGCGGCGAAAAAGAAGGAAGCUGCCAAAGCGCGGCAGCGGCCCAGGAAGGGGCAUGAAGAAAACGGAGAUGCUGCCGCAGAACCACAGGUGGCAGAGGAGAGAAACGAGGGGGUCAAUGGCCAGGAGACCACAGAAGUGGAUUUGCUGUCCAAGGAGCUGGAGGACUUUGAGAUGAAGAAAGCUGCUGCUCGAGCUGUCACUGGUGUCCUUGCCUCUCACCCCAACAGUACUGACGUCCACAUUAUCAACCUCUCCCUCACUUUUCAUGGCCAAGAGCUGCUCAGUGACACCAAACUGGAAUUAAACUCGGGCCGUCGUUAUGGUCUCAUUGGCUUAAAUGGAAUUGGCAAGUCCAUGCUGCUCUCUGCCAUUGGGAAACGUGAAGUGCCCAUCCCUGAGCACAUCGACAUCUACCAUCUGACUCGGGAGAUGCCCCCAAGUGACAAGACACCGCUGCAGUGUGUGAUGGAAGUCGAUACAGAGCGGGCCAUGCUGGAGAAGGAGGCUGAGCGGCUGGCUCACGAGGAUGCGGAGUGUGAGAAGCUCAUGGAGCUCUACGAGCGUCUGGAGGAGCUGGAUGCUGACAAGGCAGAGAUGAGAGCCUCGCGGAUCUUGCACGGACUGGGUUUCACACCUGCCAUGCAGCGCAAGAAACUAAAAGACUUCAGUGGAGGCUGGAGGAUGCGGGUUGCCCUCGCCAGAGCCCUCUUCAUUCGGCCCUUCAUGCUGCUCCUGGACGAGCCCACCAACCAUCUGGACCUCGAUGCUUGCGUGUGGUUGGAAGAGGAACUAAAGACUUUUAAGCGCAUCCUGGUUCUCGUCUCCCAUUCCCAGGACUUUCUGAAUGGUGUCUGUACCAACAUCAUUCACAUGCACAACAAGAAACUGAAGUAUUAUACGGGUAAUUAUGACCAGUAUGUGAAGACACGGCUGGAGCUGGAGGAGAACCAGAUGAAGAGGUUUCACUGGGAGCAAGAUCAGAUUGCGCACAUGAAGAACUACAUUGCUAGGUUUGGUCAUGGCAGCGCUAAACUGGCCCGGCAGGCCCAGAGCAAGGAGAAGACGCUACAGAAAAUGAUGGCAUCAGGACUGACAGAGAGGGUCGUGAGCGACAAGACGUUGUCAUUUUAUUUUCCACCAUGUGGCAAGAUCCCUCCACCUGUCAUUAUGGUGCAGAAUGUGAGCUUCAAGUAUACAAAAGAUGGGCCUUGCAUCUACAACAAUCUAGAAUUUGGUAUCGACCUUGACACACGAGUGGCUCUGGUAGGGCCCAAUGGAGCAGGGAAGUCAACUCUUUUGAAGCUGCUAACUGGAGAGCUAUUACCCACAGAUGGGAUGAUCCGAAAACACUCUCAUGUCAAGAUAGGGCGAUACCAUCAGCAUUUACAAGAGCAGCUGGACUUGGACCUCUCCCCUUUGGAGUACAUGAUGAAGUGCUAUCCAGAGAUCAAGGAGAAGGAAGAAAUGAGGAAGAUCAUUGGGCGAUAUGGUCUCACUGGGAAACAGCAGGUGAGCCCGAUCCGGAACCUGUCUGAUGGGCAGAAGUGCCGGGUGUGUCUGGCCUGGCUGGCCUGGCAGAACCCCCACAUGCUCUUCUUGGACGAGCCCACCAAUCACCUGGAUAUUGAGACCAUUGAUGCCCUGGCUGUAGCACAAGAAAUCUGGGUCUGUGAGAAGCAGACAAUCACCAAAUGGCCUGGAGACAUCCUGGCCUACAAGGAGCACCUCAAGUCCAAGCUGGUGGGCGAAGAGCCCCAGCUUAGCAGGAGGACCCACAAUGUGUGAGCCCUACCCUGGCCAGAUGGGCCAGGCCCCUGGGGCCGCACUCCUGCAUUGCUGCAAUACCACUCCCCAGCUCCUCCCUUGCCCCCACCUGCCUUAGCUACACUCUGUGAUCCUAUCUACAGCUGGACAGUACCUGUCCGUUUUCUGUCCUUCCCAUUAUUUUUGUCCAUGUCUGGACUCAGCCGGCUGUUCCUGCCAGCCCUUGCUGGUUCCUGACCCUGAGUGAUGCAGCCAGAGGCACCUGAGGGUUAGCCCAAGGGCCCACACCCUGGUUGGCUUGUGAAGGAGCUUAGGAUCCUGGUUUUCUGAGUUUUGAUGAAAUUGGAGGAAUACAACUCAGCCCAACGCCCCCAUUCCUUUCUGCUUCUGGUUUGGAGCUCUGGAUCAGGGCCUUAUUCCUGAUCGGUUUUUAAAUAAUUAUUUAAAAGUGUAACUUUUAGACCUGCGUGACAUCUACAAAGCGUCCAAUAAAGAAAGAACAAGCCAUG